AUGGAGGAAGCUCUCAAGGCUGCCAGUGGAGAGGGAAACAUUGAUGCCUUGUAUAAGCUCAUUGAGAAGGAUCCUGAAAUUUUGGACAGCUUCAACAAAGUCCAAUUUGUUCACACUCCUUUCCACGAAGCUGCAAAAGCAGGCCAAGAAGCUGAACCUUCAAGGCUUGGUUCGCCAUCGCGGGUCCUGGUCACAUUGCGAUCGUGGUUGUUCCACAUCCGUCACGUUAUAGAUGAAGCAGAAGAACCUGAAGAGAGGAGGAGAAGGAAAAAUGAAACUGCACUAGCCUUAAUAAAAUUAGACGCUGAGCUCAUCCGAGUAAAAGGGAGGGAAAGGAUGACUCCUCUGCAUCAUGCAAGAAAGCUCGAGGCACUUGACGUCCUUCUGGGAUGGCUGUUGAGAAGGAACAGGGAAGAUGUGUUCGGUUUCAAGGAUGAGCACAGAAAUACUGCAUUGUAUAUUGCAGUUGAAACUGAACAGGCUGAGAUUGAUAGGCUUUGA